ACUCACCCCUUCUCUAACGUUUCCCUUUUCCAUUUUUACCCCUUCUCUUCUGAGGAGGGACAACAAAACAACAAGAACACAACACCCCAACCAGAAAAAAAAAAAAAAAAAACUCAUUCAAAGAUCCACACCCUCUUACCUUCUUAAUCUCCUCUUUCCCUCUAAUUAUUUUUUUAUCGCCAUGGGCACCGAAGUUCUGCGGCCACAGAACUGCUUAAUCGAACGGAUCAGGGUUCCGCCGGCGGCGAUUUCUCGCCGGAGGGCGUAUGGGAAUUAUGCUAACAACGGUUGUAAUUUCUACGCCGGCAGGACUUACCGGAAAGCCGCGACCCGACCCGAACAGAGGAAACGGGUUCCGGACAGAAAACCGAGCUCCGAUGAUUCGAGGGUGGCGAGGGAUAGCGGGUUGGUGAUGGAGAAGGUUACGAUUCUUCGGAGAGGGGAAUCGCUCGACUCGAAGAUAAAGAGCGAGGCGUUGAAGAGGGAGGGUGAUGAUUUGGUGGUCAUUGGAACCCAUAGGCUCGGACCCGACCCGGAAAUGGUACCCAAGCAGAUUCGGAUCGUGAAUCUGAAGCACGGUUGCGACGUUUACGCCGGAUCGGCGUUCGCGAUGUCACCGUCGCCGAGCGCGCUUCCGUUACCGUCUUUUUGGAAGAAGCAGUCGGCGGCGGCGGUUGAUGACUCAGCCACGCGGGAUCUGAGGCGCUUGCUUCGGCUCGAAUGAGCCGCGACGGGUUUAAUUUCCGGGUUUCGGGUCGGGUUAGACCCGACGGCUGUGGAUGUUUUUCCCCUCGUCUCUCCCUCCUCUUUAAUCUAGAAUCUUCUUUUUCUUUUUCUCCGUUGCGCCUCUCCUAUUUUCUAGAUCUGACCCGACCGUGAUUUUUUUAAACGGAAGGGUGGGCCUGAAAUUGAGGAAAAUGUUUGGGGCGAAAAUGUUAAUAAAAGAAGUUUGGAGUAGCGCAUGUAAGAUUGUAUGAUCUUGUGGUCGUGGUGGAGGUUGUUAAGGGUAAGACUAGGUUGUAAUAUCAGGUUAGAAUGGAAAAUAAAUAAAUUUCUAAAAGAGGAAAUAUAUAUUGGAGGAAGAUGGGGGGUUCAUUUGUAAAAUCCGGAAGUGUAUGGGUUGAGUUUAUGGAUUCUGCUCUGUUGUGAAUUCACCAGCGUCUUGUAGGUUUGUACCCUUUUGUACUGUAAAGUAAAAAAAUUAAAUAGGGAAAUUUGAGCAGAUUCAUAUUUUCUUAGUCGUUGUUUCAGAAUUUUUUUCUAGUUUUCAUUUUGUUU